ACCUCUGUUCUGUACAUCACUUCGUUGACUCGGCGGAAGUUGGAGGAGGCGACGGCGACGCUGGCCCAGCGACAGGCAGAACAGGCGCUCUCAGCAGUCGCCGUAGCUGUCCCCGAGGUCGCAGAGGAGAGCUAACGGAGAAGAAGCGUGCGUCUCUCAGCAGGCAAGCGACCUGCAGGACGUCGACAGGCUGAACAGGCAGGGCGAGACCUUUAAAUGAGUGAAAGACGUCCAAAGUACGGAUACGGAGAGAAAGGAAGGUCUCCUCGACGGGAGACAGGCAACGCCGCGCACAAAGAAGUCUUCAGAGGGACCGCCUUCCUCCGAGAGGUUCGAGAGAGGCAGACCGGCGAGAGAAUGAGAGACGCAGAGACUAGGCCCACAGCUGUCCCCCCAUCGAAACAAAGAACGCGACUCUUUCAAAGGCCUUUCAAGGGACGCAGGCGGAGCUCUAGUUCUCCUGACUUGAAUCAACAUUCGUAUGCAUGUGCAUAUAAAAACGCACCUGCAUGUAUGUACAUUCAUGUAAAUUCACACGUAUACACAUGUGUAUACGCAUGUGCACAUGCAUAUAUAUGUAUAUAUAUCUAUAUAUGCGUGUAUGUUUUAAUUCAUAUAUUUUUUUGAGAACAACUUCUAUGAGUGAGUAUCGUUGAAGUUGGCAUUGACAUCGAUGUGUGUCUUGCGCGUUGUGAGUCACAAGUGUGAAGCCGCGCAUGCGCAAAAACGACAGAAAAUCAUCUGUUUCUCUCGAUCGUGACAAGGGGGAAAACCACUCUCUCUCUAGGCAGGAAAAUUUAGCCGAGAGAGGUCACCGAAACCGAACUGUCAACAAGAUGAAGGUCUCUCAAGUCUUUUUGCUCGAUUGUUAUUUCAUGCCCCCCAUGUUCACAAAACAAGGAGGCUGACGCCUCUUCGAUAGCAUGUGCAUAUAUAUAUAUAUAUAUAUAUAUAUAUAUAUAUGCAUUGAGUGCAUUUACUAUAUAUGUAUGAAUAUGCGUAUGUGUGUUUAAGUUGCGUGUAUUUGGCAGCGUGCCUCUUUGUUGUGCAAUGCCUGUCGGCAAGCCAAAAUGUUUUUAAAGCGUUUUCUCGGCGUUGUCACCCGAGAGGCGUCAGUGAGGGACCAUAUUCUGUUUUUCCGGAAACCGGACUCCAGAAGCAAGGCUCAAGCGCGAUUCAGUCGUUCGAGUUUUUCCGCGAACCGGUUUUAUUCCGCACGACAUAUGCAUCUACA